AUGGACUCUACCAAAGUCGAAGAAAUCGAAACGGUCUAUCCAGAGGACUCGAGCUUUCUGCCUUCCGAAAAAUCGUGGCCUUCCGAAACAACGUUGCAUGCAUCCACUGCCCCUAACGCGGGUGCCGAUGUACCUGAAGUUUCUGAUGAAAAGCAUCACUCUCACAGUCAUCAUUCUCAUCACGGUCUCCAAGGUCACGGUCCACCUGACGAUGAAGACGACGACGAAUUCGACUGGAACGACGAUCCUGAUCAGGUUAAGCCUAAGCGACGCAAAACCACUCGACAACGGAUACAAGAGGCGAUGCGAAAACCAUGCUGUUGGCAUUAUCUGUCGCCUUUUAUGAAACGCCUCAUCUUUGCUAUCACUGGUUCUUGUAUCUUUGUGAUCAUCGCUGUCUGCGUGAACUUGCUGCUGCCUGUGCCUUCCGAAGAAGAAAUGAACAGCCCAGGGUUCAUGAAUGUCCGUUCCAACGUUCAGCUGUGGAUGUUCUGGGCCGCGUUUAUGUGGCAUAUCGGUUGGAUCACUACGGUGAUCAUUGAAGUGGUGCCUUCCGUAGCAUCCAUGUGGACCAAGAUUUUCCGAGGCAGACGGUCCGAGCGCGUCAAGUCAACUAUGGAGUAUUACAUGAGUGUCAAAUUGUAUCUCGGCAUUUUAAUUAUGGCCUCCUGGAAUUGGGGUUCUUGGGCGUUCCUUGUCAACUUUCCUUACAAUUCGGUGAAAAAACAAGGUUAUUCGCAUAUUAUCUGGAACGUGUUUGCUUGUAUUUUUGCAGCAGCAUGUUUUCUAUUCGUGCAAAAAACAAUCAUUCAAAUGAUUGCCACCCGUUUCCACAGUUUCGCCUACAAUGAUCGAUUGACGGAAAAUAAAAAUUCUCUCAAGAUUCUCGAUUCCCUUAGCAAGGCCGAAAAUCGUCGCACACGAGGCGGAGACCCCAGACUGCGCAAUCGUCGCUCACCGCAGGCGGGAGAGCUGUUCGAACAAGCGUACAGCACUGGUGUCCAAACGCCCAGUGGCCGUCCUGAUUAUUAUCGACAGACCACCAAUUCCUCGGACAAGUUCUCUCAGUUCCAACGCAGCUUGAAGAACAUUGUGUUGACCGAUGAUCCUCAUAAGCACUCUCGAAUCGAAAAGGGCAAAGUCGAUAUCAACUCCAAUGAAUUUGCCAAAAAGGUGGCCAAGAAGCUGUUCUACUCAUUGGCUUAUCCCCACGGUGCGAUGCCUCCACCCGAUGAAGAUACCAAGCGGCAUUUAUAUCUUCAGGACUUUUUACCUUUUUUCAAGACCCGGGAAGAAGCCGAAAAAGCGUUUGCCAUGUUUGAUAAAAACGGAAAUGGCGAUCUGACCCGCCGUGAAUUCCGUGAUACCGUCGUUCAAGUUUAUCGAGAACGCAAGGCGCUUGCCCAGUCGAUGCGGGAUACGUCUCAAGUUCUUGGCAAGAUCGAUGGUAUGCUCCUCUUGGUUAGUAUGAUUGCCACGAUCUUCGUCUCGUUGGCUAUCUUUAACGUGGACAUUUGGCGCUCUCUCGUCCCGCUGGGAUCCAUGCUCUUGGCGCUUACUUUUGUCUUUGGAAACACGGCCAAGAAUACUUUUGAAAGCAUUCUGUUCAUCUUUGUGACCCAUCCUUAUGACGCCGGUGACUACGUAUUAAUUGAUGACCAAUUUUUACUUGUGCACAAUAUGGGGCUCAUGGGUACUGUCUUUAUCCGUGGUGAUGGACAAACUGUAUAUGCUCCAACGACUGUCUUGAUGACCAAGCUUAUCUCCAACGUCCGUCGCUCUGGAAACAUGGGUGAAACAGUCAUCAUCAACAUUGACUUUCGAACCGGUACGGAUCGUCUCCAUCUGCUUCAUGAACGCUUGCAAGCUUGGGUCGACAGUCAAUCACGCGACUUUGCUCCUGGUUUUGACGUGCGUGUCUCGGACAUCAUUGAUGUGAACCAACUGAUUCUCAGCAUCUGGCUACCGCACAAGGGCAACUGGCAAGAUCUCGGCAAACGGUUCCAGCGCAAGACCCGAUUCAUGAUUGCCUUGAAAGACAUUCUGACGGAACUUGAAAUCAGAUACGAAUUGCCAGCGCAAAGAUUUACUCAAUCUCGGGAAGCCGCGCAGGAUGGCUUCUUGAUUUCAAACAACAGUGGUAGUGUCAUGCAAAUCACCCCUCAAACUUUUAAUCCGAGAGAUAAUCCGCUCAGUCGUAGCAAUUCUCAAACCGGUGUCGGUAAUUAG